AAUUUAUAUUUCUGACUUCUGUCACAGAAUAUCGGAACUGUGGUAUUUAUUACUCUUUGUAGUAUUAGCACAGAGUACUUAAUCUGUGGUAUAAGCGUAUUAGCUCAUGCUCUUGCGAAGCAGCUGUUACCUCUGGUUAUUUUGAAAAAGAAGUUUAACCUAAAAAAUUAUAGAACCAAGAAGGUUAGAGAGGUUCAGAAGUUAUUUUGAUUUUGAUGCUUUGAGUUUCUAUCAGAGGAAGCUUUGAUACAUUGUACAUAUUGUAUUAAUUCACUACAAGCAAGAGGAAACAGGAAUUAUGCCAGAAAAUGACAACUUAUCCGACGUUAUGUUGCUUAUUAGCGAUAUAAAACACAAGAAAGUUCUGAGCUCACUUGAUAUUGCUUUGAAAACAGAAGAGUUAUUGGAGAAAUUGAUUUCACAAGGACAAUGGAGAAGUGCAAAGGAACUAAUGACUCUUGUCAAGACAAGAAUUAAGCUCAUCAGGGACGAGUUACCUCAAAAAUCCACAGCUACCAAUAUAAUGAGGCAUAUUCUGAAAGUUAUAAGGGAAGAGUACGAGUCUGCAGCAAAGAAAAAAGGUGACGACCAAUCUCUCCACCAGUUAGUUACUGCACAUCCUGAUGAUUUACCAGACUACUCAGAUUCGGUAACUACUUUAAAAACUAGUUUGUUGGAUCACUUUACCGAAUAUAGGAUUGAGUUAGAAUCAAGCGCUGAAAAUAUAGCAGCCCAAGCGUCAGAACACAUUCAUAUGGACGAAAUCAUUUUAACAGUUGGGAAGUCUAACAUUGUGGAAAAAUUUUUGAAGUCAGCUGCUAAAGAUAGAGAAUUCACUGUAAUGGUAGUGGAAGCCGCACCUCGGUACAAGGGCACUAAGAUGUCUCUGUAAAUAAAAUCAAAUCUACUUAAAAGUAAAAUAAAAGCAAAACUAAUACCAGAUGCCGCUGUCUUUGCAAUGAUGUCCAAAGUGAAUAAGGUCAUCAUUGGCACUCACACUGUCUUAGCUGAUGGCGGUUUGAGAACAGCAAGUGGAAUACAUACAGUUGCAUUGGCUGCUAAACAUUACUCUGUUCCGGUUAUGGUUCUGUCACAUAUGUACAAAUUCACACCAUUAUAUGUGGGUUCUCAAUAUCAUGAAGCUUUGAAUGUGUGUGCCUCUCCAGCGGAAGUUCUACCUUUUUCAUUUGGAAAAUGUUUGAAUUUUGUUCAAGUUUACAAUCCAAUUUUUGAUUAUGUACCACCUGAACUUGUUACUCUCUUCAUUAGUCAUCAGGGUGGCAAUGCACCAUCAUAUGUUUAUCGAUUAUUAUCAGAACUUUAUCACCAGGAUGAUUAUGAUGUAUGAUAUCUGCAAAACGUUUUGCAAGUGUUCAACUUGACAUCUCAAAAUUGCUGGUCAAUUUCAAUUAUGUU